CAUUGUGCACUUCCGUUUCUCAACAGGAGUGACAGUUCCUUCAACUUCUUUGCAUUUUUCUUUGUCUUCUUCGCCCAACUGGUGCUUUAUGUUAUCAUGACUAUCGGUAUCCCUGGCUGGGGCUUCAGUGGGUGGAUCGUGAGUUUAGCUGCUCUUAGCAAGAACAAAGCAGUGGGUGCGAUCAUGAUGAUCAAUGCUGUGCUCUUCACCGCUCAGGCGGCCAUGGGAGUGGUGUUGCUCAAGAGGGUUCAUUCUAUGUACAGGCAGACUGAAGCGAGCUUUAAGAAGGCCCAGGCUGAGUUUGCUACAGGUGUGCUUUCCAAUCAGGUGGUGCGCCAGGCAGCCACCAAUGCCACUGUUUCUGCCGCACAAGGUGCCUUCACUGCACCCCGGUAGAGAGACCUGAAUGAAAGAGAAGAAAAAUGUUGAAGAAAUUGAUUGCUUACACAGCCUUGAGACAAAGUGACUUAUUCUAGCCGAGUUACUUAUACAGAGACUUAUACACUGGCCGAGUUGGAAACCAACGCACUUACCCUAGACUCCUCUAGCAUGCAUGUCAAGAUACACAAACCCAUAUUGAUAAUAAAACAUUGGAUUUCUUUUUGUAUUUGUUGGUCUUGCUGAGCAUUAGGCCAUUAGUUCAGACAUGCAAAAAGGAUCUAGGUGUUGGUUGAUUUCAAAUUAUGGCUUAUAUGAAUGCUGUCUAUGAGGAUCUACGAUCAACUAAACUUUGUUUAUCAUGCUAGAAAAAGUCAAUGUAAUAAUUUGUUAAGACCAUAAAAAUGCCCAAUACCACAGGCUGUGGCUUAUAAUUCUUGUCUCUUUUACAUUUCUGAAGCUUGUAAGUGUAAGGUACAGCAGCCUUGCUGAUUCAACAAAGACGUGCCACAUUCUGCCUUUGCUUUUCCCUUGACUUUUUUCUUUGUGUAAAUAGCUGUACAUGGCAAGGAAAGGGAUCAUUUCAUUGCUCUAGAAUGGAGGUUGCUACUUAGAAUCUGUGAAGUUUAACUUGCCAAAUGUUUUUCUUAAAAAAAAAUCCCAUCUUAUUUUAGAGAUUCCCGAUUCAGUUUAUUAGUCUGUUGGUGGAUGGAUUUCUUGCUUUGACCUUUAUUUAUGAAAAAGCAUGUUUUGAUGCAGCUUGAACUACUGUAUGUACCUCUUUGCAGUUACACACGACUAAUGUUUUAUUUUCAUGAGUUGAAACAGGUAAUUUGUGCUUUUGAAAAGCUUUGGAAUACAGAAUCAAAUUUCAUACCUUGAUAUAAAACUUAAAAUUUCUUAUCAAAAUGUGGUAGCAGAGAUUGAUGCGGUUAUCAGUGGCCAACAUAUUUGUGUUGCUUUUGUGAUGUAACUAUUUUUUUUUUUGUAAUUUCAAUCUAAUGUUUUGUCUAACACUAUAGUAUAUGGUUGUUUUACUGUUAUUGUAUUGCUGCUGUAUGGUCUUGUAACUGUCACGGUGUUAUUUGUUUUAUUA